AUGCAACUCCGUAUCUCACUCACCAUCCUCACCCCAACUUCGACCCCUCCGGUCUUGCAAGUGUGCCGCGAGUCCCGCGGGGAGCUGAUGAGGGCCGGCUAUGCAGCGGCUGGCUCUGAACUCGCCUUCGUUAACGAGUUCGAAGGAGAUACUGGGCAGCGCCGCUAUGUGUGUAUCAAUUGGGAGAUCGACAUCCUCGACACCAAGGAGUUGAGGUGGAACAGUGGUUUUGAUUGCGGAUUUCCCAGUUACGCCUCCUUCGCACCCCUUGUGAAGCAUCUCCAGUUUUCAAUACCGGGUGGUCCAAUUGCUUUCGAGAAGGUAAAAACGAUCUGCAUCACCUGCUACGAAGCGAGUGAGUUUAGGUUGGCGCCUGCGUGCUACGAUCCCUUAUGGCCUUGCGGCGCCGAAAAUGCGGUGGUACGCCAUACCACGUGGCCCUUGAGUCAGUGGGGGAAAGUUGAGGAAAUUAGCCUGCUGGAUUUGAGAGCCAAGGGAUAUCGCAUGCCUGAUAUCAAUGACGUGAACAUGAAGACAACGAUGAGGGCAUCAAAGAGUGGUGGGAGUAAUGGUUGA